UUUCACGAGAAUAUAUUUACCAUACAGUAGAUACACGUUAUUUUUUAUUUUCUUUAUAAUCUACUUGAUAAUAUUUUUAAUAAUAACACAAGUCUUGGCCACCCUGCCAGCAACAGCUGUUUGCUCCAUCGAAGCGCUAAAGCUAUGCACUAGUAGCUCACGGCCACCCAACGCUGCCGGUAUAAGCUAUACGUAAUGCCGGCAGAACGAAGUGGGCACAUAUACGCACGUACUUUCGGCUACAACUCAUCGCGCCAUAUACUUUCGACAUACAUACGUGUAUUAAAAUGUGAUUUUAUCUUUUUGAAAUUGUAACACACGAAUAAAUAAAAGUCUCGCUUGCACUUGAAAAGCUAAAAAAUGUCGGCAAGGGUCCGUAGUGCUUAAGUUUUAGCUACAAAAAACAAAAGAGAAACGAAAAAUUUCUAAAAAGUUGUUGUAGUAAUGACUUGACAUUGUCUUUACGUCACAGAGUGCAUAGUUGCGGUUGCUGUUGCUGUUGUUGACAUUCUUGACGGUAUAAAAUUUGGUUGUAAGCAGACAUUUCCGUGAGAAUGGACUCACCAACACCGCCAAUUGUAAUCGAGGAUCCGAACGGUUCAGCAAUGGAUGCUUGCUUCACCGCAUUCGAUAAGGACGGCGAUGACCGUCUAAGUUUGGCCGAAUUCACGCUCAUCUGCCGGGCAUUAUUCCGCAAUGACAAGGGACGUAUUUACGAUGUGCCGCCGGAACGGUUACAGCAGAUUUUUGAGGUAUUCGAUACGGAUGGCGAUGGCUUCAUUGAUAGGGAGGAAUUUAAGUUUUGCUGGAAUCGUUGGAUUAAAACCAUUGUACGACCGGUGAACGCUUUCCUCAUUGUUGAUGUGCAGAAUGAUUUUAUAAGUGGAUCCUUGGAUAUAAGUAAUUGCAGUGCACAGCAAAAAGGACAUGAGAUUCUGGAACCCACCAACAAUCUCUUGGAUACAGUGGAAUUCGAUGCUAUUUUCUACUCACUGGAUUGGCAUCCAAGCGAUCAUGUCUCAUUCAUUGACAAUGUCAAAAUGCGACCCAUGGACGAGUCAUCGCCGAUCGAUGCUGACUCAGCGCAAGUGUUUGACACGGUUAUUUUUGCGGGCCCACCACCAAUGAAGCAGCGCCUUUGGCCACGCCAUUGUGUGCAAGAUUCAUGGGGUGCUGAAUUGCAUAAGGAAUUGAAGGUUGUGGAUAACGGUAUUAAAAUUUACAAAGGAACCAAUGCCGAAGUCGACUCAUACUCGGUAUUCUGGGAUAAUAAGAAACUCUCCGAUACAACACUGAAUGCACAGCUCAAGAUGAAGGGUACAACCGAUAUAUAUGUCUGUGGCUUGGCAUACGAUGUGUGCGUAGGCGCUACUGCUGUCGAUGCUUUGUCUGUGGGCUACCGCACCAUUUUGAUUGAUGACUGCUGCCGCGGCACGGACGUUCACGACAUCGAGCACACCAAGGAGAAGGUCAUAAGCAAUCAUGGCGUGGUGGUACACUCGAGUGAGGUACGUGGCAUGGUUGAGGGAAGGGAUCGACGUCCAGAGCUCGGCUAUAAAUUGGCUAUGGAGCUGAAGAAUCCCGAUUCGGCACUCUCACAGCGCAAUGGUAUGCGUCCAAUUGAUUAAAUUCCAACAAUUGCAAAUGAAAUUACCGCCGGUCACGGGUGUAACAACAACAACAUCCCAAUAAAUCCAAUAUACAAUGAAAAUCAAACAUAAUAUAAAAUGAGGCUUUAAAGGCAUGCACCCAACACAAACAUGAAUAAACAAACUUUUAAGAGGCAUGAGAAGAGUUGAAAGGAGAUAUACAAAUCUAGACACGAUAGAUAGGCGUUGUGUUACGGUAGGAAACUAAAAUGACAAAAGAAAGAAUCCCGAAUAUACUGUAGUGGCUUAACUAGCUUUUAAUAUUGUAGAUAACUUAAUUUAUUUAACUUAUUUCAAAUAGAUAAACAUAAUUUCAAACAUAUCUUAACUUAGAAGGAUGAAAAAAUCACAUUAAAUAUAUCUGCAUGCAUGCUUGCCAGAGUUACGAAAAGUUCAUUCAUCUUCUAAGCGCUACGAAUACAUUAAGGCCUUAAAGUACUACCUUUUUCUGGCUCACCAUAUUUUCAAAUUUCAAUGCAUUGAGGUGAAAAGCGACUGCUUGAGCAUUUUAAUGCACUCCGUACAGGUUCUUACGAUUUUCCGACCUGUCUCAAUAUAAAAAUAUUCAAACCGCGUAAAUGCUGUCGAGACCCUUGUGCCACUUAGCGGAUGAAAAUAUGGGAUGCAGCUCUAAUUAAUACUGACAUUGAGUUUGUCAAUAAAAUUUCAAUGAAUUUUUCACAACUCGGGUGCAUGCAUACAUACAUAUGCACUUAGACAUACCCGUAGUUUAGAUUAGUAACGCUUUCGAGUGAAAUAUUGACAUUCGCACACGCGGAAUUGAAAAUGAAACGCUUACUACCUUAAAAGUCUACUUACAUACAAUAUAUAUAUAUAGAUACAAACAUAAAUACAUAAUAAUUUUUUUGGUUGGGUUGGUUAUUAAUGAGAACUUAAAGAGUGUAAAGUGUGAAAUUUAUGUGAAAACAAUAAAGAUAGAAUUAAAUAUAUACGUAAAUACAA